UAUACACUAUAUUGCCAAAAGAAUUGGGACACCCCUCCCAAUCAUUGGAUUCAGGUGUUCCAAUCACCUCCAUGGCCACAGGUGUAUAUAAUCAAGCACCUAGGCAUGCAGACUGCUUCUACAAACAUUUGUGAAAGAAUGGGUCGCUCUCAGGAGCUCAGUGAACUCAAGCAUGGUCCCGUGAUAGGUUGCCACCUGUGCAAUAAUUCCAUCCGUGUAAUUUCCUUGCUACUAAAUAUUCCACGGUCAACUGUUAGUGGUAUUAUAACAAAGUGGAAGCAACUGGGAACAACAGCAACUCAGCCAUGAAUUGGUAGGCCAUGUAAAAUGACAGAGCAGGGUCAGCACAUGAUGAAGCACACAGCGCACAGAAGUCACCGACUGCCUGCAGAGUCAAUAGCUAAAAGCCUCCAAAUUUCAGAUUAGCACAACAACAGUGCGUAGAGAGCUUCAUGGAAUGGGUUUCCAUGGUCGAGCAGCUGCAUCCAAGCCUUACAUCAGCAAGUGCAAUGCAAAGCUUUGGAUGCAGUGGUGUAAAGCGCGCUGCCAAUGGACUUUAGAGCAGUGGAGAUGUGUUCUCUGGACUGACCAUUCACACUUCUCUGUCUGGCAAUCCCUUUGACGUGUCUGGGUUUAGCUGUUGCUAGGAGAACGGUACUUGCCUGACUGCAUUGUGCCAAGUGUAAAGUUUGGUGGAGGGGGGAUUAUAGUGUGGGGUUGUUUUUCAGGGGUUGGGCUUGGCCUCUUGGUUCCAGUGAAGGGAACUCUUAA